AUGGGCGAGAUACGGCAUCAUAGAAAACAAAAGUUCACAUCUAGACAGAUUGAAACUUUGUCUGGUUUAGCAGCAGGUUUUACUACUACUAUAGUUACACAUCCAUUAGAUGUUUUGAAAAUUCGACUACAGUUAAACCAUAACAAGUUAGAAUUGAGAUCAAAACCUUUCCAAUCAGUGAUUGAAAUAAUACGACAACUUAAUAAAGAUGCAAGAUCAUCAACGUAUUUAAAUUUAAAACAUCAACGAUGUAAAACACCAUUUCCUAUGAAUUAUUUAGCUCAAUAUUAUCGAGGUUUGACACCAAAUCUUAUAGGAAAUAUAUCAGCAUGGGGAUUAUAUUUUUCAUUAUAUGCUGAAUUUAAGAAGAAUUUAAAUUUAAGAAAUCAAUCAAUCAAUUAUUUUUUAAGUUCAACUUUAGCAGGUAUAUCUACUUCAAUUUUAACAAAUCCUAUUUGGGUUUUAAAAACACGUAUAUUAUCAAGUUCCAAAACAACUGAAAAUGCAUACAAAUCAACAAUUGAUGGAAUAAAACAAAUGCUUAAUCAAGAAGGUAUUUUAAGUUUUUGGAAAGGUUGUAUACCAAGUAUGUUUCAAGUAUUUCAAGCAAGUUUACAAAUUACCAUAUAUGAUAAUUUAAAGAAUUAUAUUGUUUCCAAAAAAGAUAAAAAUUUACAUUCAAAUCAUCACGAGUUACAUAUGUUGACUACAUGGCAAUAUUUAUAUACUUCAGCAGUUUCCAAAAUUAUAAGUACUUUAAUUUUUUAUCCAACUCAAGUUGUUAAAAGUAGAUUACAAAAUUAUAGAAGUACAAUAGAAAUCUCAAAAAAAAUUUCAAUAAGUUCUGUAAUAAAAGAUUUAUAUUUUAAAGAAGGUGGAAUAUCAGCAUUUUAUAAAGGGUUAAGUGCAAAUAUUUUAAGAGUUCUUCCAGCUACUUGUAUCACAUUUGUAGUUUAUGAAAAUGUAAAAAAAUGGUUAAUAGAAUUAUAG